UCGAUCUCAGUGUUGCCAUACUAAAAUAUUGCCUUGGUAAAUGUUUAACAAACUGGCGGAUUUAAUUUCGUGGAACACAGGCACAGUCGCAGCUUUAAUGACAGCCAGUUUAUGUUUUGCUAUCUGUGGUUUUUCAUUUCUCAAUGAGUUUGGGAGGGGUAGAAUGCGUGUGUAUUUCUGAUUCCGGAUUUAUGCUUUAAUUUAUUAUGUAUUGUCGUUAAAUAGUGUGUACGUUGUGUUAUUGCGAAAAUGUGUGUUGAAUGAACUGAUAUAUGUAGUGUAAUAAACUUUGCUCAGUUUCUUUCUAUUAUAUGGGCGUUGAUAAUCAUGCAAAAUGGCCAACGAUUUGUGGUCAUGUACCUGUUGUACGGAGGCUCUUACGUGUUGGUUGCGCCUAAAACUGUCGCCGGAGGAAAUAGAGCAGCGAUACAGAAGCAAAGAAAUAGAUAAAAUAUUAGAGAAGGAGAAGCAAACACUACGACGACAGGUAAAACUAUUAUUGCUCGGUGCGGGUGAAAGCGGAAAGUCAACAUUCCUGAAACAGAUGAGGAUAAUACACAAAGUGAAGUUUGAGCCGGAACUGGUGCGAGAGUACCAGCAUGUGAUAUACCAGAACAUAGUUAAGGGUAUUCAGGUGUUGGUGGACGCGAGGGAUAAGCUCGCCAUACCGUGGGAGAACCCGAGAAACUUGGACAUCGGUCAGCAGGCGCUGCACUUCAACAGUACGUCAUCACUGGACAGUCGGCUGUUCGUGCAUUACGCGCCACACAUACACUCACUGUGGUUAGACAGAGCCAUAAAGAGGGCCUAUGACAGGCGGAGAGAAUUUCAAUUGAGUGACUCGGUGAGCUAUUUCUUCGAUGAACUGGAGCGCAUUGCGAGACCUGACUACAUCCCCUCCCACCAAGACAUCCUGCACUGUCGGAAGGCCACGAAGGGCAUCACGGAAUGUACAAUCAACAUCAACAACGUGCCAUUUGUAUUUGUCGACGUGGGAGGGCAGCGGACACAGCGGCAGAAAUGGACGCAAUGCUUCGAUUCCGUCACGUCCAUACUCUUCCUCGUCUCCUCUUCAGAGUUCGACCAGGUCUUGUCGGAAGACAGGAAAACGAACCGCCUAGAAGAGGCGCUAAAUAUCUUCGACACGAUCGUGAACAACAUAAACUUUAAAGGCAUCUCCAUCAUCUUGUUCCUGAACAAGUCGGACCUGCUGGCGCGGAAGGUGGCCAGCAAGGAGACGGACAUCCGCUGGUUCUACCCGCAGUUCGCGGGCGACCCGCACAACCUGCGCGACGUGCAGAUGUUCCUGCUCAACAUGUUCGCCAACGUCCGCCGCGAGCCCAAGACGACGCUGUACCACCACUUCACCACCGCCAUCGACACGCACAACAUCGAGGUCGUCUUCAACUCCGUCAAGGACACGAUCCUCAAUCGGAACCUAGAAUCGCUCAUGCUGCAGUAACGGACCAAACAAACUGUAACAACGGAAUUGUUAAAUUGUGAUAUCUGGCAAUAUUCUGAUUUCGUGAUUCCACUUCGCGACUUUUUUCCAUUAUUGUGUUUUGUUUCUAUACUUUGCUAAACAGCAUAAUAGUGUAAAGCACAUUUGAAAAGACAAAGAAUGUGAUGUUGAUGGCCUAACGGUCUGUUAGAGCGGCUCUGUAUAAAUGUAAUAUGACAUGUAUUUAUUUACCAAACGUAUGGGAUUUGGUAAAACUAUGUACCUUAGUGUAACGUAUUGUAAUUAUAAAAUUUGUAUAUCAGUAUAUUUAUGACCAAAAAUGUAGAUUUUGCACGUGAUGGACAUUAUUAUGAUCACUUCGAGAUAUGAACACGCGCGUCACGUCAGAUGGACGCGCCGUAGUGCAGUAUCGUAACACGCAACACGUAAGUGCGCAAUAUUGUAAACGUAGUGAAUUAGAUAAAGUGCGGUAAGCCAGGGGGAUUUUUGAACUUUUGCCGUUUUCUAUAACGUUUUCUUGAUGACUGUAGAUUCUUUUAUACUGAUUACACUUUAAACCAGCUUGCGGUUGUACUAGUGGUGGGAUCGACAUCUUGGUUGGAGUACAUUAGAAUAAAAUGCCAUGUAACCCCUAUUUAUGCAGUAAGUACACAAGUAUAUCAAAAUUCCCCGUGUUGUAUCACAGCUUGACGCCACAGUUGCUCCAAUGAAGCGGUCAGUCCUGUCCCCGUCGCAAGCAGUAGUCUCUCAAUGUAUCAGUGCCAAGUCGUAGCACGAGUGGGUGGGUGCAGUGCCGGCUGCCGCUAUAUCAUAUAGAUGUAGUUACAAUGAGAUUGCUCUUAUAGGGUGCCACGAAGCAAAGGAACACCUUUGCGUUGGGAAGACUUUAUAUAAAUCCCUCCCGGGAGUAAAAAUGUAUAUAAAUAACCAUUGUUAGAGAAAUCGUUUAUAAUCUGUGAUUAAAAGUGUAAAAAGUAUUAGGCUGUAAACAGCAACGAAAUGUAAUGUGUCUCUUGCAGAAGAAAAUGCUUUUUGACGUUUGACACGGUUGACAUAUGACGCUCAAAUUUUUUAAUUCAUUACGCUGAUGUUGGUAUCUUUUGAGUCGGGUGUUCUCAUCGAGUAUUCCGUCCCUUGGCACAAUUUAAUGCAAAGACGUGUAAUCUCACUAUAGCUUCUACGUAUUUUUAAUUAUAAAAAUUUUGUACAAUAUACAAGAUAUAUUUUAAAGGCGGGCACAAAGGUGUACAACCUUUUUGAUAAUUUUAACGUGAAUUUAAUCUGCACUUGCUUUUGUACGUGAGAGGGAAUGAUCUGAUUUUAAUUAUUAUUUAAGUACAACGCAUAAUUUUCGAUCAUAAUAAUUAUACUCAUUUAGUUUUAAGUGUCAUAAGCUUUAGCAUAUUUAUUUUGAGAUCGUCUACAACUAUUGUUUAUUUACGUGAGAGUUUUAGAUAGAAGUUAUCUAUUUAUUAUGUGUACAUUUUUAUGGAUGGUUUACUGAGGCUAAAUGUGUAAAUACCUCUUAACUUUAUUAUGUAUAUCGUUUCUUAGUAGUUUUAGUUUUUAAAAUUUCGUUUAAUAUAAUGGUCUGAUCGGUUAGAAAUGAAUUGCGGAUUUUAUUUCCAAUAUCAGUGAUAAAUUUGCAUUUAGUAGUGCCAUUGUGUGGUGCAAACAGUGUUGCCACUGGAAAUAAAAACAAGCCUAACAAUAUACUGUCAACACUGCCGCGUAAAAAGUCGUUUGAAAUUAAAUAUCUGAUUAAUAAUGGAAUAUUAUUGUAAUUCACAGUUAUUUUAUUAGAAUCAAUAGUUUGACAGUUUUUGACAAUUUAGACGUUUAUGAAGUAACUUGCGUUGAUGCCAAAGUUUGACUAACAUCUGAUGACGCGACGGAAUGAUAUAUAAUGUGUAUACAAUUGUUGGGUGCUCAGUAUUUGUAUCUGAUAGCAUGCUCAGUAAGGCCUGGCUUCUGAGGUAUUGUACACUCUCGAAUACAUUAAUAUAAGUAAAUACGACGAUGUUUUAAUUUCUCUAUAUCAUUUCAAAAUGUUAUAAACUAAUUUCAAGUUCAAAAUGAAUAAUUGUAUUCUAAAAUUUAUUAAAAUGCACCUA